GGGGGUAGCCGCGGCCAUGUGCUCGAGCGUCGACGCUCGAUCGGCGAUCAGUCGUUGCCGCGCGCUCGCCGAGUGCACGUCGGUGUUUCUCGCGCACGUAUCGAGGGCCCCGCGUAUUCGUUCGCUUCGUCUAAUCGAAUGAGCGCGUACGUACGUCGCGUUUGACGAUCGGUGGAGGAGAAGAGGAGAGAAGCUCGUUUUCUACGAUGACGUUAGUGCACCUUAAACAUCGUUCAUCGCGCGUGUGAUCGAGAGGAAUCGAGAGAGAAAGUUGGAAGAAUUGAGAGAGAGAGAGAGAGAGAGAAAGGAUCGGCGAAUAAAUAAAUAGCGAAGUACGGAAGAUGCCAAGGUGAUCCUGUUUGUCGCCUCGACGAGCUACUCUUUGACAUCUUGUUACCCGGAGGUUGUUCUCCGCCUAUAAUUGGUUAAUCGGGGUAUAAUAGGAAUAAUAAGAAUAACGUGUGAUAACGGAGCGUGGCGACCGCGUGAAGAGAAAGGAAAAGUGGUGGACCCUUUUCGUCAUCCACGUUGCGUUUCACGCAUACUGGCGCGUUGUUCUCGCCGUACGGUGGAAUCGUUCACGAUUGUGCCGCGAUCAUGCACCACACGGCGCCCUGGUAUCUACCCUGGGGCCUGAAGCUGGUGCCACUGCCUAUACCGCCUGGACACCCCGCUUCCGGCAUCCCCAACCCCGGAUUGCACCUGCUUGCACCUCUGCCGGGGAUCUACGCCCCUGAACCGCGAAAGGUCGAUCUGAAGCCCCUGCGGGAGGCCACGAUCGCCGUCCCGACGCCCAAGAUCUCCGAGAAGCGGAAGGCGGAGGAAGCCGACGCAAGCAAGGACUUGAAAAAGGCGAAGCUAGAGACGAAGGCGCUGAAAGCGAAGAGGCCAGGAUUCACGGACGAGCGGUACAACGAGACGAGCUAUUACGUGGAGAAUGGGUUGAGGAAAGUGUACCCGUAUUACUUCACCUUCACCACGUUCACGAAGGGGAGAUGGGUGGGGGAGAAGAUCCUCGAGGUGUUCGCGAGAGAGUUUCGUGCGCACCCGGCGGAGGAGUACGAGCGUUGCAUCCGUGCCGGCACUUUGACCGUCAACUAUCAGAAGGUGGACGUGGACUACAGGCUGCGGCACAACGAUCUGUUGGCCAACGUCGUGCACAGACACGAGGUGCCUGUCACCUCGGAGCCGAUCACGGUGAUACACAUGGACGAGGACGUCGUCGUGGUCAACAAGCCCGCCUCCAUCCCUGUGCACCCGUGCGGGCGGUACCGCCACAACACGGUCGUGUUCAUUCUCGCCAAGGAGUACAACCUGAAGAACUUGAGGACGAUACACAGGCUCGACAGACUGACCAGCGGCAUUCUCCUUUUCGGUAGAACGCCGAAGAAGGCGAGGCAGAUGGAGCACCAAAUAAGAAACAGACAGGUUCACAAGCAGUACGUGUGUCGAGUGGAGGGGGAGUUCCCCGAGGAAGAAGUGGUUUGCUCGGAGCCGAUCGAGGUGGUGUCGUACAAGAUCGGCGUGUGCAAGAUCUCGGAGAAGGGGAAGGACUGCGUGACCCGUUUCAAGCGGCUCAGCUACAACGGCAAGUCGUCGGUGGUCCUUUGCAAGCCCCAGACGGGCAGGAUGCACCAGAUCCGCGUCCACCUGCAGUACCUCGGCUAUCCCGUGGUCAACGACCCUCUGUACAACCACGUGGUGUUCGGGCCGGAGAAGGGGAAGGGCGGGAACAUCGGGAAGACCGAUCAGGAGUUGGUCAGGGACCUGAUCAGCAUCCACAACGCGGAGAACUGGCUGGGGAUGGACGGGGACUCGGAGAUGAGUCUGUUCAAGCCCAAGCUGGACAUGGAGGAUCGAGUCUCGCUGAACAACGACAAGGAUGGCUCGUCGCCCUCCUCGACGCCCGGCCUGGCCGAGGAGGAGCAGCAGCAGCAGCAGCAGCAGCAGCAGCAGGAGCAAUCGUUGAAGGUGACGGUCGGCACGCAGACGGGAUCCGAGCCGCCCGACUCCAGUUUCACGAACGACAAGAUGACCGUAGAUCCGCACUGCUACGAGUGCAAAGUGAAGUACAGAGACCCGAAACCAUCCGACCUGGUCAUGUACCUGCACGCGUGGCGCUACUGCGGCCCGGGCUGGGAGUACGAGACGCCGCUGCCCGCCUGGGCGGCCAGCGACUGGACCGAGGAGGAGCGAUAGUCGAGGUCCGCCGAGAGCAUCGAGACGAGCCGUCAUCACCCUUCGACGCCCCUUUUUGAUAUCCUUACCCCGUGCCUUCCAUCCGCCAUCGAGCGAUCUCGACCAUCGUACAUGUACCCAUCCCUGUGACCAGCUGGUCGCUGCACUCGCCAAUAGAUUCAGGAGACCUGGGCGUUGGUCCUCCCCUUCGAGUGGUCGCUGCUCACGCCUGGUCUGCGCGGAUAUUCGAGGCUCUUUGAAUAUAUAUAUGUGUAUAUACAUAUGUUCGUGGAAUAUCGCGAUGAAUCUGUCGGUAAUCGGUCUCUUGAGACGAUCGUUGGGACGAGUGGCAGGUUCAUUCGGGAUAUUCCGACGACAUCGUAAGAUGAUGAACGAGGAAGAUCGAUCAAGGAUCAAAGGGACCGCUUGGGUCAGGUGAAUCGAUAUUGGAUUAUAUUGCGUGGGAAGGAUGAUGAUUUCAGGAUGAAAAGAGAAAAGCCUGGUCGAUUAAACGAUCCUGACCGGUUCUGUAAACGGGUCGAUCGAACAGUCACUGCCACCGGUGCGCGCACGAGAGAAGAUUGAUGCAACUGUCAACCGCGGGAACCGGAAUGGAUCGUUAUCUUCGUUCGUGUUCUUGAUUUAUGGCGCGGAUAAGGAAAAUCGACGGUCUUUUCUGUUAUUACUGACAGAGAAAUUUUUGCUUCGAGUCCUUUUUUUUUAUUAUUAUUCGUCUUUUGGAUCGAAGCAUUUUUGAUUCUUUAAUUCGUAGAAUAACGUUCCGUUCUAUCGAGAGUUAAUAGUUAUGUAAAACUGUAUUAAUUAGAAUCCAAUCCUGCGUGUAUUUCUUGAUCAAAUUACUCGAACGUGGAACUGAUCUAAACCAUCAUUUGCUCAAUUUCUGGUUUAUUUUCUGUCUCGCUUUCCGAAUCAUCUAUAAUCAUCGUCCCUCCAUUUACGAGUAAAAAUUAAAAAAAAGAGAAGAGAAGAGAAGAAAGACAAGAUCGCGACUGAAAAUUAUUCAAUAAUUCAUCCUCGAGAGCCGCGCAGGCAAGGGGCUGACGUAGCAAAAUUGCAAUAGAGACGCGUCUAUUUUUAUGGCUGAUUAUAUAUACGGGAAACUAAAUAGUGGCGCAGGUCCAGCAGCAUAGGUCUCCAACAAUAAGCGUGAUCUUGCUAGAAGGAUAUAGCCAACGAUCAUGCCAAAGAGCGCGAGCGCGUGUCCGGCGAGCGAGAACGAGAGAGCGUGAUUGCAUACGCCUGAAAGAUAACGAUAUGCGUGAAUGAGAGAGAGAGAGAGAGAGAGCGAGAGAAAGGAAAAAAAGAGAUACUUAUUCGAAAUCAUAUCGUGUACGUGUACCUUGUUUCCGCGCGUCGAAUAAGACCGCGACCAAAUGGCAGGACUUGCAACAAGUACAAUCGAGCGAGUGAAAUAACGAGAUUAACGUCGUACAUUAUUUUGCUACGAGUCACGUUUGUCUCCUCUAGCGGGGCUAUACAUAGGCUUUUAAUCGCGUGCUCAGGAGGUCCGGGAGAGGUGAUGAAAAUGUGAUCUUCGGGAUCUUCUGGUCAUCUGGAAGAGUAACAUUGAUGAGCCAAAGAUAAAGCUUUUUUUAUAUAAUCAUCCCAUUCCUUUGUGUGAUCUUUCUAUGAUUUAUAUCGAGUCUUUUUGUUGAUGAGAUGAGAAAAUGAAGAUUAAUUAUAUUCAUUUCUUUUUUCCUCUUAAAAAUACUUGUUCGUCUUUUCGUUGAAAUAUAAUAUGUGAACUUUUUUACAAAGCGAUUUUUGAUUGAUUUUCUUUUCUGGUAUCUUUGGCUCAUUGAAUAGUGCAUAUAGAAUGGAUAUUUUGAAGUGAAGUUUUUAAGGGUUAUUAAAAUAUGUGAUUUUUAAAGAUUAUAUCCGACUUAAUCUUGUAAAUUACGUAGCACGUCUUGGAGAAAGUUCAAUAAAAUUAAUCGUAUGAAGUCGAUUCCUCUUCAGGGAACAUGAUUUAUUAUUGGAAGUUCAAUCGUUGACAUCGUCAAGAAGGGAACAAAAACCAUCUUUUAUACGAAAGCUUUGUAAUAAUCGCCAGCUAUUAAAAAUAAA